CAUUAAUUAUCUUUGAUUAAGUCGAUGUCGGAUGGAUGAAAGUUGAUUUGUUGAUUUUAAAGUUUAUAAUACUGUUCACUGUUUACGAUCUUACCUAUUUAAACUAAGUUUAGUUUAACACUAACUGUUGUUUCUACCAGAAUUGCGAUAUGAAUACUGUUAUACUUCGUGUAUGCAAAAUAUUACUUUUCUUUGUAAUUUUUAUGGGUUUUAUUGAACAUGUUGUCAUUGCUAGUAGCCCUAAAAAAUUACAAAUUGGUGUUAAAAAGCGACCUACCGAAUGUCCUACGAAAAGUAAAAAAGGAGAUCUACUGCACAUGCAUUACACGGGUACCCUUGACGAUGGAACAGAAUUUGAUAGUUCAAUACCAAGAGGAAAUCCUCUAACAUUUACACUGGGUGCUGGACAAGUCAUUAAAGGAUGGGAUCAGGGAUUGAUAGGCAUGUGUGAGGGAGAACAACGCAAACUAGUAAUUCCACCAGAGCUUGCCUAUGGAGAAGCUGGUGCUCCACCAAAAAUUCCGAAAUCAGCAACACUUACAUUCCAUGUUGAUCUAGUAAAAAUUGAAAGAAAGGAUGAGCUUUAAUUUCCUUUUUUAACAUUUUAUAAGAUACAUUAAUUAUAAUUUAACAUUUU